AUGGUCUCUGGAUUCCCCUCCUGGCCGUUCCACUGCGGUGGAAGGUGGCGGAGCGACCCCUACGGGAAGCGGCCGCGCCCCCAGGGGAGCUUCAAAACCAACUCUAGCGGGGCUCAGCAGCCUGGGCUCCCUCUUCUCUCUCCAUCCCUCCGCCUACCUGUGGAGGAUCCCAGCGGUGUGGCGGGGACACGCCUGGGCGGAGCCGCCAAGCGGUUAUACUCUCGACGCCCCAGUUCCCCUGCGCGCCCAGACCCAGCCAAGCAGGUUUGUAGCUCGCCCCGCCGGGCGGCCGUAGACAAGAGCGCCCUGGAGCGGGGACUGAAGGCGCGGGGAGCUCCUGCGAGCCGGCCACUGCUGGCGUUGCUGCUGCUUCCGCUCCUGCUGCCGCCGCCCGCCGGCGCCUGGUACAAGCACGUGGCGAGUCCCCGCUAUCACACCGUGGGCCGCGCAGCCGGCCUGCUCAUGGGGCUGCGCCGCUCGCCCUACCUGUGGCGUCGCGCUCUGUCCCCAGCAGCUCGGCCCCUCGCCUGGAGUGCCCUCCCACCCGGGGCGGAAGCCCGCGAUACCCUCCUGCUUCCCUCGGGGCUUCAGGAGCCGUGGGACACGAGAUCUAGGAGCUCCCAGGAGGGACUCCCCGUCGUGCGUGCGUCUCGGAGCCCGCGCGGGGAGCUGGCACCCAUACUGGAGCUGCUUUUGGUCCCUACUCAGCGGAGCGAACCACAGCCUUCGGAGAGACGUCUCCCGCCGAACCAUGGCCGCUGCAGCAAACUGCCUUAACCAGACCCCGCCUGGCCCCAGGGUCGCCCUGAGAGCCUUCC